UCUAUCUAUGAUGUCACGGUUGAGGGGGCGAAGAGACAUACACCCAACCUGCUAGCCGUGGUUACGAAUCCUGGCUCCAGACAACUGAAGAUAGAUUCUGAAUACCGCACUGCACGCCCUCAUGCAGAGGUCCUACGGCAACUAUUCUUAAACAAGAUUGAUUUAACCACCGCAAUCAAAGAACUGAGCUUACUUGAUUUCAAAAAAGAUGAUACGCCAUGGGCUCUCUGGGAGCUGAUCUAUGAGGCCGCUGCCGACUUUCCUUCGAGCGAUUCCUUAUUGCUGGCCCUCUUAGUUAAAGCCGAAAAACUCGAUUCACAGCAAUCUGAGUCAGAAUCUAAAGACAUAACACGGAAAUAG